AUUUCGAUCCUCUUCAGGACGUUUCCACCUCCAUCACCGCUGGUCGGCUAUGUGCAUCGCGGCAUGGGCGUGGCACUGCCACCCGACGCACCGCCUGCUUCUGCUGUUCAAUCGCGACGAGUAUCACUCCAGGCCGACGCAGCCGGCGCAGUGGUGGGCGGCGGGGGAGGAAGCCAAGGAAAUCCUUGGAGGCAGGGACGAGCUCGGCGGGGGAACGUGGAUGGGGUGCACGAGGGAUGGUAAGCUCGCCUUCCUGACCAACGUGCGGGAACCCAGCUCUCUGAUCGGGGCCAAGACCAGAGGACAGCUCCCGGUCAGGUUUCUACAGGGCAGCCUUUGUCCAUUGGAGUAUGCCACAGAAAUUGCAAAGGAAGCAGAUCAGUACAACGGCUUUAACCUUAUAUUGGCUGAUGUGAACUCAGGAACCAUGGUUUACAUCUCUAAUAGACCCGGAGGCGAUCCUGUGAUUCAAACAGUUGCUCCUGGGCUUCAUGUGCUUUCGAAUGCUGCAAUUAAUUCCCCUUGGCCAAAGGCAAUGCGCUUAGGACAGAGUUUCAAAAGGUAUUUGACAAUACACGAUGAUGCAGAAGCCUCUUUAAAACAAAUGGUAGAAGAGUUGAUGAUGGAUACUGCCAGACCUGAUAGAUCUAUGGUGCCUGACACCGGCGACGACCCUGAGUGGGAGUACAAGCUAAGCUCAAUAUUCAUUGACACUGCAAAGGAACAGGCAAAAACCAUGGUGUUCAGUAUUUCAGUAGCUACCAUUAUUCUGUUUGGAAAUAAAUUAUAUCCAUUUUUCUUCUUGAUUUCAGGCACGAUAUGGAACACGAAGCAUGGUGGCACUAGCAGCGAAAUUGGAAGGUGAGGUAACAUUCUAUGAAAGGUACUUGGAGAACAGUUUGUGGAAGGAGAAUCUCAUACAGUUCCAGAUGGAGAAGGCACAAUAGGACUUGAGAGAAACUUAAGAACACUCGCAAAGACUGGUCGAUUGCUUAUUAUUUUGCUAUCACUUUAUCUUUAAAGUGUAUAGCAAGGCAUAUACAAGAGCAGUGUAUAAUAUGGCUACUAUUAAUUACCCUUUUGUGCAGAUGUACAGUAAUGUUUAUCCAAAUACCACAAGAAGAAUUGGUUGCAUGUGCUAUUCCCCCCUUGCCGCUGUAUAAUUUUGGAGGACAUCAAUUCUUUGCUGGCACAAAAUUGCUGAAA